AUGGCCGAGACAGUCCUUGCGAGCGACGCUGCCCACCCAUUUACUGCUUCAGUCGUGCCAGUCAUGGUUCUAACGCGACUUUUAGACCACCACGAGCGCUCUGGUCGCAGACGGCCGUUUUCUACUUGGGUCAAGAAGCUCGCAAACUUCAAAAACGGUUCCUCUUCUUCCGAUUCCAACAAACACCAGCAUCCUAAACGCGAUCACGUUUCCAAGGAGUCCAAGAAGAAGCCGUCCAAGCAGAACAACCCAUAUCCACAGUCCGGGCGCAUCGUGCCACCGCACCACCACAGCCAGCCAUCGCUUUCUACCACGCACACUGGCGUCACAACCAAUUUUUCAGAUGGCCAGAGUCAGACAUCACUCCAGUCCUCAGUCGAUGGCGCCGCGCCUCCAACAGCUGGAGGCCUCUCUGUAGCCGGCACCGACAACGAAGCUUCGCAGUCUAUUAUGGCGCCGUCACAAAUGACUGCUUCUAUAGCAGGCACAAGCAGGACAGCCAACGGUAGAAAGGGAGGAGACAGUACUUUCUCGUCGCCGGCACCCUCGGUGCGAUCACUUACUACCACUCUCACCACUAUUCAGUCUGUGGGAGUGAAUCAGAACGCAAACCAGCCUCAGCCAUCUUCUCAUCACCAGAACAGCAACUCGCAAAACAUCCAAUUCAGUCAGCCAUUCCCGACAGCGUCGCCAGCGUCCGCCAUACCUGCACAUCUAGCUCCACAUGGGGCCUCGGGGCAUCCAACCACAUAUCAAAUGGCUACUGCCAACAAUCUACUGUCAGACAAUGCUUCCAUACUUACGUUGGCCUCCUCCAGCAAGCGGAGAAGACGAAGGUCAUUUGACACUGAUGCCUCGGUUCGAGCAAUGGCUCCAUCUUCACUAUGGGGAGGUUCCCGCGAAAGCCUGCCCUUGAGUGUUCUCAGUGCCAACAUAGAUGGAGUUCCAACCACACCCGGAUUGCACCAAACUACAUCGAGAAUGGCAGCGAACAACGAGCGCAAUAGUAUGUACUCGACCACGGGUAUUGCAGCUGCCCUUCCAAGCGAGAGGAACAGCUUAUACACAAAACAGAGCAUCGCUGGCGACGGAGCCAGCGUGCGUAGUGGAUUCCUUGGACACGGAAGAGCUGAUAGUAUCAACGGAAGUGUCGUCGGCGUCACUAGCCCUCUUGUAAGCCCUCGAGAGGUAUCCGAGAAAGGCGCCGCUACAGAAAAGGACCCAACUGUCGGGUCAGCGAGUCAAGACAAAAUUCAAGAGAAGGAGUAA